AUGAACAUUCAUAGAAAAAGUUAAACUUCGAGCAAUCCACUUUCUGUUAAAUCUGGCUCAAAUCCUAUUCCUGUUUAUGGAGGAGACAGAUAAAGAGCUAUUGAAGAAAAGAUUUAGCAGUCAAAUAAAUUAUUAGAACAAAUAAAACUAACUUAAUGGCAAAAAAGCUUCAAUUAUAUAACCAUACCGACUAACCAAUUUAGAUCAGUCUUUUUAGAAACGAAUCCUCAUUUUAAUAUUUGUAUUAAUAUUAUUAAAGAAUUUAAUGAGGAAGUUGUUCAGUCAAAAGAAACAAAUGAAGAAAUUCGUAAUGGACCAUGGAAGCAAAAAUUUAAUAACUAAUUGCAGCUUCUUCUACGUGAAAUUGUAUUCACUAGAGAUCGUAUUAUUUAAAAGACAUUUUGUGAAAAAGUUUGUAGUUGGGCAAUAGAUUAGUUAGAGCAGCUUGAAGUAGCAGCAGAAACUUAACACAAUUAAACUAUGGAAUCGCUAUAAGCUAAAGCAGUUCUUACUCGUCCUGAUUCAGCAAUGACAUCUGUUACAAAUAUGACAACUAACUUUUUAGGAUCUAGAAUUCUUAGUGCAACAGGUUAAUCUUAUAAGCAAAGACCAAAAAGUGGAGUCUUAAGAAGUAUAGAUAAAAGCAUUUUACCUUAACUUAAUUCGACAUAAAGUACUAUGAGACCAGAGAGUGCUUUUAACUCCAGUCUCCGUCCUGAGAGUGCUGCUUAUUAUAGCAAGAUAGAUCUUAUACGUCCUGAAAGUGCUGUAAACUUCAAAAAAAUUCGUCCAGGAAGUGCUGUAACUUUUAACACUAAAAUUCCUCGUCCUAUUAGCUCUGUUAUUAGACCUGAAUCUGCUUUCAUUAAAGAAGAUAAGGAAGAAGAUGAAGACCGCGUUAGCUAAGCACAAAAAGAAAACUCCUAAAUGUAAGGAAUCAAUGAAACUAUAUAGUAAGAAGAAUAAGAUGAUUUGGAAAUAGAAAUUAACAAAAAACUCUAUGAAGAAUUUAGACAAAAAGAAGAACUUAAAAAGAAGCAAAGAGAGAAGAUCAAGAUGGAUUUUUCUGCUUCAACACUUUAACCAUCAUAAUAAAUUGAACAGUUAUUGGAAGAUUAUAAAACAAAAGCAAGAACCUAAAUCCCUGAUGUUGAACCUCCUGCUGAAAGAAUAAAAAAUUAUACUCGUAAGAAACUUAUACCAGAUAAAUUAGUGGAAAACAUAGUGUAAAAUGAGAAUGAUAAUAAAAAUAAAGAUGAAGAAUAUUUAAAAGUUAACUGGACUUUCCCUAAACCAGACACAUUUUUACCUUCAUAGCAAUAAGCUAUGGAGGAAGCUGAACUAAAAAAGUAAUAAGAGGAAGAAUAAGCCAAUACUCAAUAGUCUGAGCAGUCUCCAAAAUAAUAAGUAGAAGGAGUACCUGAGGCACCUGCUAUAGAUGGGUAAAAAGAUAAAGUGCAAGAUAUAGGUCAGUAAAUACUUGACCAAGUAAUUGCAGAAAAAGAUAAAGAAAAAGAAAAAAAGGAAGUAAAUAUAAAUCCUGAUGUAAAGAACUAUACAAUUGAUACAAAUAGCAAGGAAUAAUUUGUGAGAAAUUUAAAUAAUAAGUUUGAGUAAAGAUCAACUUAUGUUUACUAUGAACCUAGUGACGAUGUAAGAGAAAUGAGAAUGGAGUAAAAAUGGUUAUAAAAUAGAAAUAAAGAAGUUAAUGAUAAGAGAUAAGAUGAAGAAAGAAUAACUUACAUCAAGGAAUGGUCAUUAGCAAAAGGAAGGCUGGAAAAAGAAAUUAACAGAAAAAUUGAUUCAACAAUUUAUGGAUCUCAAUACAUUAAAUGUGACUAUAAAAAGAGGCCAUAUACUGCAAAGGAAUUGAGAGAUAUUGAUAAAAACACCUUACCUAAAAAGUAGAACAACUUCUUUAAAGACAUUAAUGCUGAUGACAUAAGUCCGGGAGGAUUAAAUUUCGAAAAUGAUUUUGGUUUUUAACCAGAAGAAAUGUAACAAUAUGGUAGAGAUGAUCACGAAGAAUAUUAUGAUGAAGAGAGAGAUGAAAAUGAAGAAGAAGAGGAUGAAGAAGAUGAAAACGAAGAAAGGGAUAACGAAGAUGCCAUUUAAAAAAUUGAAGAUGAUCAAGAAGAGGAAGAGGAGUAUCUUGAUGAUUUAGAGAAUUUAGCAGGAGUCCCAAAGAUGGGAGAAUAUAGGGGAUCAAGGGUCAAUAUUCCUAAAAGCACAAAUGUUAUUGACUUAUCCAAAACGAAUCCAGUUAAAGCUAAAACUGACAAAUAUUUUAGAUUUGAUAAAGAAAUUGAUGACCUUGAAUAUAAUGCUUCAAAAUAAAAAAUUGCUUAAAUAAGAAAGCUUUAUGGAUAAACUAUAAAUGUUCCAAAGUCAAAAGAUCUAGAAGAUGAGCGUCCAGAAAUUAAGACUGCUUCUCUUUCUGUUUAUUCUAAAGAUAGAAGAAACUAGCUUCAUAGACCAUUCUCAGCUGUGAUUUCAAGGGUUAAUGUUGAUGUAGUAAGAAAAGAGUAAGUUGAUGAAAUAGAAGAAGUUAAAAAAAGAUUAGCAAAGUAUAACGUUAAUGUACCCAUCAAAGCCAUGAAAAAUGCAUUAUUAGUACCUGAAGGUAACUUAGGUGUAGAUGCUGAUUUAAUGCCUGACCCUGGUUUAGGACUAUUUAGCAAUCCUUUCUUUAAAGUAGGAAAGAAAAAGAAAAAGAAAGGUAAAAAGAAAUCCAAAAAAUGA